ACUGCGGAAAAAUUGAAACGAAAAUCUCACUUUUUGUUAUUAUUAUAUCAUCAUUGCAAAUCAAACAGCGUAAUAAGGCAGAAAACAUAUUGUUCGAGCACAAGUGGUUCGAUUAGGACUCGGUUCAGGUCGUGUACGGAUGUGGUUCCGCAAGAGCAAGGUGAAACAGCCGCAGAAAUGACGGCACGAGUCCGCAGCAAUGGCGAACUUUAGCGGGAGUAAUGACGCGAUAAAUAGAUGUAAUCAGACAUGAAAAUAUUGCAUGUACAUACACGAGAGAUAAUCCACAGUGUUCCACACGGAGAAUCGGCAGCAGAAGCUGCAGAAAAAAACGUCGACUAAAAUGGCCGUCGAGACGAGCUCGGCGUGAGUAGGAAGAAUUUGAACGGAAGAAGUCGUGUCAGCGGCAGCAAAAACCGUGAAGAAGCAGUUCCGAAGCAGAGCGUUCGUUUCUCCGGGACAAUCUACGACAACAUCCUGAUGGUGCAUAAAUAGUCACCAGAGGCGAAAUUUUCGUUGAUGCGUAGAUUGCGGACGCACGCAGACAUUCACACGCGUAUAUAAAAACAACAAACAUCCAAAACGGGACGAAACAGUCAAGUAAUCGAUAAUCAAUAAGCGGAGACCCUGCAACCGGAAAAUAGGUACAAACUAGCUGGAGCACCAAAAUACGCAUUAAAAAUAAACUCACAGCCCUGCGGAUCGGAGGCUCCCUGUGCUGAUCCGAUGGGGCUUUACAAAAAUCUACUUCGUUGUAAUCGUUACCGAAUCUUUACAGUCAUCUUUAUCCGUUUUAUCUAAAAAAAAACAAAAACCGUCGAACCGUCAAUACUUUACAGUGUAAAAAAAAUCAGAUCGUCCGGAAAAGUUAAUCAACUACGUGUAAUUACAUAUGGUAGUGAUUACGUCGUCACACCAAUCCUUAUCAGUACGUAUCGUCUAGUAGAGCGAUGUAAAUGGGUGACUGCUGCUCUCGGUCUUAUCCUUGGUAUCGGAACAACACGCAGUGGUGAAAGUAGCAGCCGCGACCAACAGAGACACAGUAUAUAGUCUUUACCGAAAAUAGCUGUUCAAAACAACGCCUCUGACCGUGCAAUCUGUUAUCUCGAAGUUUUGUGGGAAACGCCACGCUGAUUGUCUUUCUAACAGCGAGAAACAGUUACAAUCUAUUACAUACGAGGCAAAAAGUGUAAUGGUAUUGAUUGUUUUGCCCUGUAGCAGGGCAGCAAUUUAUUCGAUUAAAAGAUAAGCAAAAAAGUAGUAGCUCUAGCAUCGACAGCGCCAGUGUCGAAGCCGGGCUCGGUGGAAAUAAAAGUCCAAAUAGCGAACGACAGAAAAAAGUGUGUUAAUAACUGUGAUAUUACGUAAAGUUUCCGAAAAAAAGUAAGAAUUCGUGUGGAAGAAGCAGGAAAAUAUUUCGGUGUAAAGUCGAGCGUCUAAUCGCACCCGGCAGCGAGGCAGCGACAAGUAGUGACAGCUGGAAGGUAGCAGCAGGAAGGAGCAGCAGAAGCAGCACGCGGACGGCUAUUCGAAGGCAAAAGGAAGCCGUCCUCGUUAGCGCACGCAACGUCGUGUCCGCGUACAUUUUUGUCCCCAGGCCGAUGAACCUAUCAAUAAGCCACUAGAAGACGUGUAGACUAUGGACUUCACACCGCUGCCCACGGAACUGGAGGAGCUGAUCCAGUGCAGCUGCUGCCAUCUGCCGUUCAACGAUACCGAUGCUAUACCGAAGCUGUUUUCCUGUAGACACUACUUCUGUCUCAAGUGCGUCAGCCAGGUGCUGAUGAAGGGCAACGAGCUGUACUGUGUGCACUGCUGGAAACGAACCGAACUAAGUGGACCGGACAUGAAGCCGGAAAAUCUGCCGACGCACAGUGCGAUACUGUACCUGUCGCAGAAUCUGAGCAUGAUCUCUAGUGGAAGUGGCAAUAGUGUGGGAAGCAGUGCAACCUGUUCCGGCACGAGUGGUACCGGUGGAGGCGGUGGAGGAAAUAAAAAGCCUCCCGACAAGAGUGGAACGAAUGGAACUGGUGGCAGCUCGCUGGCUAGCGGUGCAACCGCUUCAUUGGGUGGAAGUGGAAGUGCGACCAGUAGUGGUAGCGGAUCGAACGGAAGUGCAAACGGUACAAACGGUAGCCUCGGAAUAGGUAGUAAUAGUGCGAAUACGGGCGGUGCAAUCGGUUCCGGAAAGUAUAGAAAUAAGGGCGAAAACUGUAUGACACACGCGAUGCCGAAUGCGCUCUGGUGUCUCAAGUGUAACAUCAUCCUGUGCCGGGCUUGCGCCAGUACGGAGGAGCACAGAAAUCACACCGUCAAGACACAGGCGGAAGCACGCGACCAGAUCCGGUCGGAUAUAGCAUCGGAUUUGCUGCUGAUGCAAAAGUCUCUCUCGGAGCUGCAACAUUUCGUAUUUAAGCAGCGAGACUUUUUGCUCAAGAUCCUAGAAGCUUGCACAGCGCUGAAGACUCAGGUUGAAACGGAACUAAUUAAUCAUCUACCGACGUUCGAGGUGGCGGAAAUUCGAAGUAACCUAACGAAAGCGAAACUAUUUCUUAGCAUGCUGGAGCAGCAGUCCCCGGCCGAAGCUUACAAACUGUACGCCAAUUUGAAUAUCGAAAAGCAACGCCUCCAGUCAAAGUAUCAAGAGAUGUACCUGCAAUGUAAGCUAGACGAUUUAAUACAACACUACGGAAUAUUGUUUGACUUCGAAUUGAUCAAGCAAGCUCUCUCGAAUCUAAACACAAUCGAUCCCAUUUCGUUCGGAAAUGGAGCUAUUGGUGGUCUCGGAGUGACUGCCGGAGGAACUACGAUUAAUGGGCAUCACAAUUCGAUAUUGUUACUUGCCAACUAUUGCAUUUCGCAGCUGUACUCGCGUCACAUCCUAACCUCCAAGCAUCACCAGCACCAUCAACAGCAGCAACAAUCGCAGCAUAUCGAUGCUAGUCUAAGCUAUGCAAUAUCAUCUCCUUCGCAAGCCGGAAGCUCGGCAAUUCCCCAAUCACCAAACCACAGUGGACUGUUGGGCGAACCGCCCGGUAUAACCCAGCCAUCGCAUAGUGGAAGUUACGCCAGUCAAUUGAACGAUAUGGCCAUCAUUAUUGCUCCACCCUUGCACCAGCAGGGAAGUCGAACCGAUGGCACCAGCUCGGCCCGUACGUCCGGUUCCGGAUCGGCAUACUUGAGUGAAAUACUCAACGGUAGUGCACUACAGCAUUUGCAUCAACAUUCCGGUUCUUCCCAGCACCAGCCACUGACUCCGCCCGGGCAUCCGCUAUCGUCGUCCUCUUCCAGUGUGGUUUCACUAGUUCCUACGUCCGCCCAGCAACAGGUGCAGAAACAAGUACAAGCUGCAGCGGCUGCAGCCGCCGCCGUUGGAUCAUCACUACUCUGUAACCCAUCCGUGCAUGUUUAUCCGAUCUACUACUUCAACAUUGAAAUCAACGGGCAACCGUUCGGGCGCAUCCUGAUCGAGGUCCGCAGCGACGUGGCGCCGAAGAUGGCGAAAAAUUUCGGUGCCCUCUGCACCGGCGAGCUCGGUUUCGGCUACAAGGGCUGCAGCAUCUUCCAGUGCUGGGAAAACGAGAGCAUCAUAACGGGCGACUUCGAGCUGAACAACGGACGUGGCGGGCGGUCCGUGUUCGAGGAGGGCUUCUUCAUGCCGGACGACACCAAGAUCCUGGCGAUCCGCGGCUCGGUCGGGAUGAGACGCAGCCAGAAGCGACACGACAACAUGGGCCUCGUCGGGUCGCAGUUCCGCAUCAUUCUGCGCGAGAUGCGCGGCUUUACUGGGAUUUUUGCGUUCGUCGUCGAGGGACUGGAGCUGGUGGAGAAAAUCAGCCAGGCAGGCGACUCGGCCGGUAAGCCGCAGAGCAAUGUACUCAUCGUGAACUGCGGUAAGUGGCAGUGAGCGAAUUGCGGAAGGCGGAAAAUUAUGGCGGGGGUUAGGGUUUUUUUCUGUUGCUUAUUUUUGUUAGAAUCGAGGCGUUUAUUUUUUGUUGUUGUUGGAGCGGUAGUAGAUAGAUAGACGCAGGCUGUUGUUAGUUUCCUAUUAACUUGUUUCGGUAUUAGAGUUUUAGUUAUUAGGGCGUUACAUUUUAGUACAAUAUAUUAAUAGAUUAAUAGCAGAAAGGUGAGAUGUUUGGCGGGUUUGAUUGAUUAAGGAUUCGAAUUUUAGGAUCGCUGAAACUUGAAAAUAUAUGUGGAUAACAAAACUUGUUCGAUAAAAACGUACUGUUAAAAGCUAGUUUCGAAAGAAACAAAGAAAUUUAAGGAAAGGUUUAAAACCCACAAAUUUUACCUUUCUGCUAGAAAUUCGCAUUUCUCGCAAAAACAAAUGUAGUUGUUGAAGUUUAAAGCCAACCUUUUGUAGUUUUUAUCUUAGACCAAACGGGAUCGGAGUACCAAAAAAUAACAAACAAAAAAAAAAAUGAUAAAAAAGAAGGAGAAAAAAAAACAGAUCACUAUUGGCAGUGCAGGAGAAUGCUAUAAAACUUCUCCCCAAAGCUUAGCGAAACUAGCGCGUAUAAAGCUAAUUCAACUUUGAUUGAACACAGCAGUUGUGUAGCUUAUCCUUCCCGGUUUGCACCGGAGCUCUGUUCUGCGCCAUUCAUUGGUUCAUAUUGUUUCUUACAGUGCGAAUAAUUUUUGAAAGGGUGUAAUAAACCAUUAUGACCAAAACUUUAUGAAACGAAAAUAGAACACAUCUUAUAAGAACGAAGCGAAAAAAAAUACUACAGGGUGAUACUGUUUUUCAUUUUACCUAGUUACCAUUUGUAGGCAAAGCAAAACGAUGGAUCUUUUUAGAUGAAAGCUGCAAUUUAAACCAGAUAACAAAGCGUUUAUACUGAUCCAAGAUACCUAGAGAAUAUUAUACUGAUCGAUUCCACCGAAAGAAGGAAGAUUUCGCUGUUUUUUAUCACUAUCAAGACGCGACUUGUGCGGAGCGAGUGAAUGUAGAACGAACGUAGUCUCUAAGUGAUUUGCAUGUUGCAGAGAUCGAGCGGAGCAAGCACCGGCUUUAGAUUCGAGUUAGGGAAGAAUUACGAUAGCGACGCGAUAAGUUAAAUGGAAUUGAGUAAACCUAAACAUACACUAUGAUCACAUAUAAAAAAAACCAGACGGAAAAGAAAGUACAAUAAAUUGCGGGGAAAUCGUAAUUCAUGCGGAAUGAUAAUAUGAAACGGAAUAAUGUUAAUGUGUAGUUUAAUCAUAUUUAACAAACACUAAAUGUACGCAGACUUAUUUUACUGGGCAGUAGAAAGAGGGCAGAAAAGAGGAAAUAGUAGAUAAAGAAAGAACGAUGUGUAAGUGUUGCUAUAACCUAUUUCUUCAGGAGUUGCCGUUAAAAUGCAUACACAAUGAACUGCACCGACGAUCCAUACUUUAUUAUAUUGAAGAACGAUAUUUGACACACAAAACAAUUAAAAUGUAUUUCUGAAACUCGAACAGAACGAACUAAACUGUUUUGUAAAUGAUAACACACAUCACACAUCCACAAACACUAACACAAGCAUACAAAACACACCCACACGUAAUCAUACAGAAACAUAGAAACUGAAGUAUAUCGCUAGGAAUAGUUCACGAAUGUGAAAGAAGAGACUGAAUGUUUUCGAAAACGAAUAAAAACGAAACUAUAAGAGUAACGUUGAUAACCAAUCCCGCAAAAUAACAAUAGAAAAAACUUUUAACUGUAAUACAAUCGUGCACCGACCGAAAGUAAGAUGGGUGUUAUUUUGAUAACGCAUACAGUAAACAGCUGCACACGAAAACACCGAUACACGCGCGUACAGCUAAAUCCAUUGGUUCCCGACGCUCUCGACUUGUUGUGUGCGUACGAUAUCGCAGCGCCACGCAAACACGUAACCGAUAAGUGAACCGUUAGUGAACAACAAUCGAUUCGUAAUCCCGAUAGCCACCGUCGAAACAAACACUAUUAUUUUCGUUUGCGGAAUCACUACCGAUAAUCGUCUCGUGGUGCACGUUCAUUAACUUCCCCUAAACGACUUAAAUAGAGAAACCGGAACACCCACAAGCUGGAAGCUGGGCUGCUGUAGACCAUUCGGCCGGCCGGAGCAAGUGCUCGAAGCGACUAACGCGGCUGGAACGUAUCUUAUGUUUUUGUUUCUGUUCAAACACGUAACUAAAACGAUUAAUUUUGGCAACACUGGUUACAAAAUCUCAGAUUCUCGUACUGAAGCCGUGAUGGGAUCGAAACGUAAGGCCUUCCAAAAAAUGGUACAAGAUGGAGAUAAUCAAGCGAAAUGAUUUCGAAAGUGUAACUAACCCUCAAUAUUAUAAACAUAUAAAUCGAUAUAAUCGUUCAAUGAAGUAUAAAAUCUCAAUUAAACAAAAAAAAACAACAAUGUCGUUAGAAUGAUUGUCGUCAAAAUAUGUUAUGAAAACAAUAGGAAAACAAACGUAUAUAAUUAUAUGAGGUUCGAUUGCGAAAAAAAGUAUCUACUAUAAAAGAUAAACCAAAAUAGAGCAAGCGUAUAAUAUCUAACAUGCUUAACAUUGAUGUUGUAUUAUUGUAUCUUGCGAACAUACAUAAAUAAGGAUAGAGCUCUCGGCAAACCGAACUAACAGUAGAAAUUGAAUUAUUAUAACAAAACUAAUUACCGAUCAGCAGAAAAACCAAACAUCAAAUAAUCACGUAAACGUCACGUUAUAGUUUUAAUCUCUUACGCAAAGAAAAAUGCAAUCUUCACCAAACUACACAAACUAUACACAAAUACACACGCAGAAAAAAAUAACAAAACAAGAAGAGGAAUGUAAACCUGUACCUGGUGUUAGAGAAAGCAAAAAAACAGUAAACAUGUAACGAAACAUAGCUCGCAAUUACGAUUGUGCGAAACAAAACAGAGAUAAAUCGAAAGAAAAUAAACAUAUAUUUUUGUCGCCAUCUUCGAAACGUAGUUAAUAGAACAGAAACAGACGCAAAUCAACAAAAAGAAAAAUACUAAAGAAAGCAGCACUAAAUGCAAACCGGAAAAAAGAACCGAAACUAUAUCUUUCAAGAAAAACUAAAACAAAAACAAAUAGUAACCAAAAGUUAAUUAAAUCAAGCGAACAGACAGUUUUAAUCUGACAGGGGAUAAAUCAACAAUAUUUCAUAACGAACAAUGAAUAGCAAAACAAAAAGCAGAAAACAAUUCACUUUACUCCGUAAAAAAGGGGAAAACAAACCAAAUGUACCGAAACACUGUAAGCGAACUUCAACUUCAUCCAAGAUAAGGAAAAACAAGGAAGUAACCAAACUAGAUGCAACUCGAAGAAAAGAAGAAAAAAAUGCUGCGUGAAAACAAAAAACUUGAAACAAAAAAAUUAAAACAACUUAAGCAGAAGCAUGCAGUCUAUAAAACAUAAACAUAUUACUAUUAACUACGGAAAGUACGUGUCGGUGUGUGCUACGAACGACGGAGGUUUGUUCCACGACGGGCUGGAAGCAAGCAGAAUAGUUGUAGCGAGCGGAAGAAUUGUAAAGAAGUUUCACGAUAAUGAUAUAAAAAUGAUGCAAUAAAAAAAGCCGAAA